AUGGGGUCUUUCAAAAACCCUUACCGUAUCUUCUAUAGAUGCUCGAUUGCUUUGAAGGUUGAUGAGGCAUCGGUUGAAGAAAUUAAGAUGGUCGACGAAAAGGUAAAGAGAAUAGAAGAAGAUGUGACAGACUUAAGGCAUAAUGUUACUCAAAAUUUAUAUCUCCAAAAAGAAAUGUUUGACAAGCUUGAGGAAGAUUUGGGUAAGAAGCUUGAGGAAAAAUUGAGGAAGAAGAUUGAGGAUGAUAUGGGUAAGACAGCUUUUAAGACAAUUUGUCUACUCUCUGUAAUAGGAAUCGCAAUUGUAUGGCUAUGGAAGAGAAUGUAA